CAUCAGAGGCGGGGACUGGGGGAGGACAUGUCGCGGGGCAGUUCUGCUGGUUGUUCGCAGCUUGUUGAAUAUAUUAGGAGUCGCUGCCGAAGUAAUUAGAGCACGUUGGCUUUUUUUUUGUGGGGAGGAGGGAAGUCUGCUGUAAAAAGAAACGGAGCCAAACUCUUCGAAGCAUUACAUGCAGUGUGUUGACGGAAAAACAGGCGAGAAGAACAUAGCCUACUAUGUUGUGGGGGAAGUACUGAGAAAGAAACUCUUCACUGCGAUCGCAGAAGACUUUUGAAUGGAUGCGUGACAUAAGCCAUCCCUUAUGCAAAAAAAUAGCAAACUUCAAAACUUUCAGACACCAAGAUGAUGGCAAGUCUCGCUGGCUUGAUCCGAUUCGAGGGGCAUCUUCUCGUCUGUUUACUGAUCAUUUUCAGCUAUUCUGGAUCGCUGGCCCGGCGGAUCUGCUGGCAAGCCAUCGUGCAGUGUCAGGUCGAGCCCGACUGCAGCUUUGCCUACGAGCAGUAUACUGAGGCUUGCAGAUCAGUGUUAAACCUGGAGACCAGGCGGUGUCCCAGCCACUGCCUCUCGGCUCUCAUCCACCUCAACCAAACGCAGAACGGACCCAUGCUGGAGAACUGCGACUGCGUCAAGGACGAGCUGUGCAAACGCACCAAGCGUGCCAUCGAGCCCUGCCUGCCGAGGACUCGCAACCGGGACGGGGUAAUGGGCUGCACCGAAGCCCGCCUGCAAUGCGAGAUGGAUCAACAGUGCAACAACGCCAUGCACCGCUACCUCCAUAACUGCGGCAAACUUUUCAACGGCAUCAAAUGCACAGAUCAGUGCCGGGAAGUAAUCGAGAGCAUGCUAGUUAUCCCUAAAGCCUUGCUUCUCAAGGAGUGCGUCUGCGACGGAGCCGAUCGACCCAUUUGCGAGGCGAUUAAGGACAACAUGGCCAGGCUAUGCUUUUUUGGACCCGAGCAUAGCUCAGGCAGUAGCGGGUCGGACAUGGAGCCAGAUGAAUACUGGGACUAUGAAGAUGAUCCAACAGACAACGUUAUCAGCUAUGAUGAUGAUAAUAGAGGCACAAAAGGGUACACUUCAAGCCCCAGAGGCUCCUCUACCGUCCAAGUGCCUAAUGUUUUGACUUUGAUGGCAUCCAUUUUACUACUACUACUGAUCGCCCGGUUAUAAUUGAACAAUGCAACUUUUAUAUUCUUCAAUAAAGGAGCUCUGCACUGCCAUCUUCAAUAUAAAAAAGACAAUUCAUAGACUUUUUAUAUAAAUUUUAAUUCUGGUAAGAUUUGUUUGUAUUUUUGUUUGCAUCCGAGAUACUGAAUUUAUCCCUGGUGCAACUAGUAUAAAUCUUAUAUGACUGGUAUUUUUUAACCAGUAGCUGUGUGUCUGUGUAUAAAGUUACAUUUGGAGAAUAAUUUAUUGAAAUAUAGACUUAACUACAUGGCUUUGGUUUUGCAUCGAGCAGUAAGAGAAUGCAUUAAUAUUUUACCGGCUAUGGUGCAGAAUUUCAGUACUUUUCACUAAAGGGAAAUUGAUUUAUUAUGACCGAUCGACGAUCCCAAUUGAACAAUAUAAGGUGCGACAUAGAUUUGAAAAAUCUUUAAAUAUGUAUUUUUGGAAAGCGAAAGAUAUAUAAAAAACUUGGCCUUGAUAGAAAUUGUUCUUUAAAAAUAUUUUGUAAGGCUGCCAUUAACAUUGUAUUUUCAUAGAAGCCAUAAAGAGUCGUCUAGUUUAAAAACUAUGCCCUAAGACUUUGUGUGUGCCUGUGUUGGGUGCAAGUGAAAACGCUGGCGUUUCGCAGUUAAUAUUAAUAAGGUGUUUCGCGAACUUUGUGUUUGAGUGUAUAACAAACUAACUUUCCCAAACUUCCAGGGCCUUCACUUUUGCUGUUUUCACUGCUGAUGGCUGGGUCGUGUUUUGGCUUUUGAAUAAUUGAGUUUCCUCUGCGUUACAUCUUUUUACAAGUUGCCGCAGGAAUCAUUAGAGUGAUUACUUUUUUAAAAAAAGUUAAUUUUGUUAUGCGAGGGGAGGUGCAACACAGCCAUUGCUCACUGUGCAGUAUUGAUUAACAUGCGCAGUGUACACUGGACGUCUUAAAAAAAACCCUCAAAAAUCUUUUAAUUUUCUCGUUAUUAUAUUUCGGCCACUAGUCUUCACUCGCUGCAAAAUGCCGACCAGAGCAGGCUCGCUUACCUAUCUUUCAGUGUGGAUAUCUUUGAGCACAAUGUAUAGGAACAUUUAUUGCAAUUCAUAUUUUAACAAAAAAUCUGCCAAUUGUUUGUGUUAUGGAAUGCAGCCGGCCCACUUGUUUGACCCAUGUGUAUCCACGAGAUGUCUACUUAGUUCCUCGGCAGUGAGGGGGAAAAGGGUCAAAGAUGAGAAUCACCACAAAAAAAAAGCAAAACACAUCGGACAACCCAUGCAUAUAAUGUAAUGUCUUCUACUCUGAGUGGCUUUGAGGGCAUUCAGCCUGGGCUCCUGCCAAGGCUCCAGAUCCUCACUCAAACGCCCUUAGAUAAAUAAUUACACUCUUAAGCACCCGUCGAGUGCUGGUAUACUUGACCUUGUAAAUAAGAGUGUUUGCAGUAAGAAUAAAUUCCAUCGUUUGAAAUCUUUAAACAUUUAACACAAAGCAGGCCCGGUCCUCUGGGGGAUUGCCCAUGCCUUCUCAAGUAAGUCGCGCCACAUCAGGCUUGCAGAAAAAGUUUAUUUAUCUUUUCUCUUGCUGUUUAUUUUAUUCUUCAAUGUUGCGGUUGGAAGCCCAGUCAAAAGUUUAACUGCACCCACAAAUAAACUUACUUUGGUUGACGGAUUUGAGUAACGACCGCAACCCUAUUAUGCGGAUUUUAUAUAAAGGGAAACCUGUAUGCUUACAUUUGUAACCGCUAUUAAGAAAUGUUUGCAAAUGGAUUGCCAAGAUUAGAGAACAACUCAACCCAACUAUCAACCAGCUACACAUUUUCUGAGUUAUGUUUAGUAUCAGAAUCAGUCUUAUUGGCGGUGACAUGUGUCAUGAAAUAUGUCGUUUUGUGGAGAAGAUGGUGGCGCACCUGCGUGUGCACAGCCCUCCGGUGAAAAAUUAUAUUGUAUCCAUUAAAUAGGGGCCGUGGACAAUUCUGAUUUGAUGGAGAAUGGACAUGAAAGCACAGAGGAACAUCUGGAGAAAUUUCUGAAAUGCCCAUUUGCUGCUGUCGUUACCAUGUGGUCGGGAAUCUUUCGGAGGGUAGGCCUCAAAAUCCCCGACCUGCCUGCUUUUGGCAACUGAGAAGGAGGUCGAAUUGUUCGAACAGAGAUGGUGCUCAGUACUUGGUGUCAGAGAGCUGAUCAGAGCUCGAAAUUUUCGGAUGACUCAGAGUCGGAUUGUGGUCAGCACGGCAGGGGGAGUUUUUCUUGCUUCUCCCGUCUGCAUGAGAUGUGGGACAUUUGAGAAACUUUGAACUUUACUGUGCUCAUGGACUUCUUCAUCAAGUUAUGGUAUUGUUACACUGUUUGUAACUAUAUGUUAUAAUUAUGUGGUUUUGUCAGUUUUUUCAGUCUUGGUCUGUCCUGUGUUUUGUGAUAUCACACCGGAGGAAAUAAUGUAUCAUUUCUUAAUGCAUGCAUUACUAAAUGACAAAAAAAGGGGACCAUGUGUCUUCAGAAUCUAAUAUGUAUCACCAGCUUUAAUGUCUCCUGGUGACUGCAUUCACAGUUACAACAGUAUUACAGUGCAGGACAUAAAAAUUAUGACUGUAUAAGUUCCAAUAAAUAAAUAAAUA